CUCCAUCAGUAACAACCUGCUACGUUGCCAUCAUCUUUUAUUUGUUAUCGUCUGUUUUGUUAUUAUUGGAUUUAAUCGUUACUGAAGUGUAUUUUACGCAAUAUGAUUAUAAUGAUGAAUGAACGCUGUUUUACUGAUCUCUGGAAUUAUCUGAAAUCACUUUUUCAUUUUUCAAACAACAAUUCGGAUGUGAAAAUGCAUUUGGUACAUUUGAAAUAACCUCGUCGUCAGGUCGGGUUUAGCCAUGUCAAACGGCGGUAUUCUAUAUAUAGAACUUUUAUAGCAGCAAAAAUGAUGAUUUGCCAUAAUUACUCAAUUACGAGCCAGAUCGGCCAUUAAUCAUAGGACAGAUAAACGGCUAUUACUGAUUUUUUCCCCCUGUAAAGCCAUGCAAACAAUAUCUGCAACACGCAAUGGCGUUCCGCCACCCCCGCAAACAGCUCGGCUGAUAUCGGCUACCAAUAAAAUUGAUCGGCGUAAGUGAACGGAAAUUUCAUGAUCCAUUCAAUUUCAAAUGACUUGUGCGACUCGGCGACCAUGCAACCACUUCUUAGUAAAUGUAAAUUAAAAGAAUUAUGAAUUUUAGUGUCAGGUAUUCACCGAAUUACAUUUAUUUGUGCUGGUUAUUAAACAAUGGAACUACGUGACCAUAUUUUGAUAGUUGUAUGUAUUCUUGUACCAACAAUUUACUGCGGAAAACUUAAAGAUUUUCUCAAAGUAAACUACUUUGAUGAUCAAUUUUUAGAAUCACCUUUUCAAACAUAUUGGCAGGAAAGAAACACGAUGUUAGAGCAAACACAAAAUCAAACAUCUACAAAUAAAGACUUUAAAAUACUCAAUAAGACAGACAGGCCAGUAAACAGGAGUUCUAUACUAGCUUUGCUUCAAUUUGCUGUGAUACAAAGACACAUACAACGUGAUAUCUUUUCUACCUCGCCUUAUUCACCUUCAUAUAUAACAGACUCGUCUAUAGAUGUUGCAAAGAGACACUAUAUGAAACACACUGAUACAACUAUUGAACUACUGCUGGUCAUUGACAACUCAACAUUCCAGAAAUUUUUAAGAGAGAGCUUGUUCGACGUUGCUGAUGCAAAGAGAAGAAUCAAGCAAUAUUUUAGCAUACUUAUUGCAAUAGUAAACCAGAGAUUCGAGACGAUAAGUGACAAAACUUUCUCGAUACAUGUACAAAUAUGUGAUAUUUAUAUUGCUGAGACAAAACGUGAUGUAGUUUGGUUAGAAUAUAUAGCAAGAUGGUCAUCUUACAAUGGUAAUAGCAUUGUUAGUGCAAGCCGAGCUUUAAAACGGUUCCAGAAAUGGCUUAGUAGAAAAACAUUUCUACCCAAGUACGAUCAUGCAAUUUUAUUUACAAGCUAUAUACUAAAAAGAAGGCUAAAAAAGGUUGAUGGUCUUGCCUAUGUUGGAACAAUGUGUAAUACCUCAGAAGGUAAAUCAGCGUCCAUAGUACAAGAUGUUGGCGAUUUUAAGUCUGCAGGCGUGAUAACUCAUGAACUUGGUCACAGCUUAGGUGCUACUCAUGAUGGUGAAGGUAUCAACCAUAAAUGUCCAGCUGACAAAAAUUAUAUAAUGGCUCCACAAAAUUCCCAUGAGCAAGAUGUUUCCAGAAAUGUGUUCUAUUUUUCACCUUGUUCAAUGCGACAGCUGAAAGAAUUUAUAAUGUCUUCUAGGUCUCAAUGUUUGUUGAAUGUACCAAUGGGAACAAUAACACAUGACUUAGUCAAGACUCCGCCUGGAAAAAUAUUUGAUAAAAACGAACAAUGCGCAAUGGCUUUUGGCUCAUCUUCAAUGUUUUGUGAAAUUGAAUCUGCUCGUUCAGUGAUAUGUUCUCGCCUCUGGUGUACAAGCGACAUGGAAAAUAAGUGUCACAGUAAUAACCGGUUGAUAGCUCUUCCCGGAACACCAUGUGGGCAACGGAAAUUUUGCCAUCUUGGAGAGUGUGUAUCCCCAUUCCGACAGUCACUUGCAUACAAAAUGUAUAAUAGAACACCUACACUGCGUGAUGAGUCUUGUCCAGCUGGAGACUUAUUUGCCAUCUAUUGCAGCGUGAUUAUAAAGGCGUCACCUCGUUUGUGUGAAGAAAGAAAAGGCAUGAAAAAAUCGUGCUGUAAAUCUUGCAGGGAUCGGCGAAAUUUAGCUUACUCUCUGAGUUGAUACAGAAAUCACCUAUAAGUGGAUAACAUUUAGCUUAACCUUUAAGCUGAUUAUAUAUAACAGAGGGAGUUGAUUGGCAAUUGACUCGGUGAUGAUUGAUAAAGCACGGUUAAAUGGUCAUAUAUAUCUGACCUUUAGAAAAUACGUGAUCUGCGUUUGACAGCUGUUGAAUUAUAUCUGUAAAAAUAUCGAUACCUUUGGCUAAACAACGUUUGACAUUUAACUACAGCACAAUCAACUGAGGUAGAAAUUCAAAAUAAUUACAUUAGGAUAAGGCGUUUUUCGACGUCGUAUUAUCAAAACACUAUAGGCAUUGCCCUUAAUUCAACAUGUUAUGAUUGAAAUUAAUUUUUUUGCGCCAAAGCUAUAAAAAGGUAUAAAACGUUACCUUUUUAAACUUUUUACACUUAAAACUAUACAAUAGGAAAUGUUAAACACACGGUGAUUGGCAUAGUGUCUUCUGUAUUAAUAAUAACUUAAAAAAUUACGAACAAGUGUCCAUUUCUGCAAUAAGUUUCAACAUAUAUGGUGUGUUUAUCUGUACAGGUAAAUUGAUUAGAAAUGUAAAUUUCAAUUUGAUAAGGAAACAUAUUAUCAACAUCAAAUAUUGAAAUGACUUUUUUAAAAAACAGAUAAUGAAUUCCACUUUUUGUAAAGAAAGAUAAAAAAGUUUUAAAGAACAAUAUAAUCUAUCUUUCUAUAAUUGGUAUUCUUUGUUUUAUAUGAUACUGUUUUUAUUAUUCAUAAAAUAAAAACAACUUAAAA